UCCUCUUUUUGGGUUCCUUUUGUGUCACAGCUGUUUUCAGACUUCUAAGAUACAUAUCAAUAUUGUCAUUAUUCCUUGUAUUUUUUCUAAAUACCUUCUACACAUGCACAAUGCUAGCGUUUGGUCUGUCAUUCUUCACCCUGGGCGCCGCUUUGUUUUUGCUCACGGACGCGCAAACGCUUCGCAGCGUUUCACCUGCACCAGGGCGGCAAACCACCACCACGGAUGGAAUGGCGCGGGAAAACAGUUCCAUCACUGAAAUGUCCACCACUGCAAAGUACAACCGCAGCAACACGAGCAGUACUAGCAUGAGCUAUGCUAACACCACCACAACCAUCCUGUCCUGGACUGAACUAACUAGUGAUGGCCCUAAUACCACGAGGACUACAGUCAGCUACUCACUCACCACAAAAAUGAAAGACGACCAGAAAGACAAACGUACCACAGCAAAGCCUUUAAUGAGGAAAACUUAUGACAGCACCGGCAUCAUUGUUCUGGUUGUGAUCAUCAUCAUCGCCAUCGGAUUCUCCCUGGCUUGCUGCAUUGUGAAGAGACGACAAAGGCGUUAUUCUGUGGACUUCCACUCAAGGCCCGAUGAAGCUAACGUCCCCCUCAGUACCGUGGAGCCUGCAGUACCUGUUGAUAGUGCGUCACAUAACGGUUUGCAAACCUUCCAAAGCGACAGGAAAAGUGCCAAAGACGGAGGGGAAGAACAAGAGGAGCCGGAUGGGCACAAAACUGAAGCAGUGGACAGUCAGCAGCAGCAGGCCGACUCUGCAUCUACGACUCCACCUACAGACGAUUCGGAGAGCAAACCCAAAGACGACGUUGACGCCGAGAAAGGUCUUCGGACACCCGAGGAGCCGGCAGAAGACCACGUCACUGACCGAAGCUUAGACGGAACUCCAAAGGCGACCAAUGAGAACAACAGCAACAAUACUCGUGAGAACCCCAGGAAAACAAAUUCCCAGUUGUCCAGCUUCUUUUGGGAGGUUUCCCUCGACAGCCAGCUGUGAGACGUGAUCUUCAGAACCACGACUGAACGACUGCAAAGAUCAAAGAGUUUUAUUUGUCCUAAUACCAAAUCUACACAAAAUAAUGUUACUAAAACGUCUGGGAAAGUCUUCUUACAUUAACUUCAGCCUUUUACUGCUGUAUAAAAAAGCUAGUUUGCGCUUUAUAACUGUGUAUUUGCUCUGCAUGUCACCUCCUCAUGAAAGGCUUGGAAGUCCAACAGUUGUCUUUGGUUUUUUUCCACAACAAAAAACACCAAAACAAAUUCAAGGUACAUGCUUUUCAUUGGAAAGUGACAAUAAUUACAUUAUGAUGUAGGCUUAUAAUAAAAGUGCUAUUCUGUAAAUAUAUCAAGAACAGUAAAAUAUAUUACUCAAUAAAAUAAACUUUUUUUUGUUGGUUUUGUAGUUACCUAAUAUUACACUAGUGUUUUUUAUUAGGGGUGCACAAAAAAAUUGAUUCACAUCCGACUCACGAUUCUUACUCAUCACAAUUCUAAAUUGAUUCAUAAUUUAAAAAAUUGAUUUACAAAAAAAAAGUUGUAGUUUUUUAUAAGAAUGCAUUUCUAAAAAUAAGUUUUAUGUCAACUCCAUGAAACCAGAAAGAGCUUUUCUAACCUGUAACCUGAAUCAUCAUACCAAACUAUAUAUUACGAAAAUUGGUUUGAAUCGAGAAUCGUGUUAAAUCAAACUGCAGGAAUCUGAAUCGGAUCGAAUCGUUAGGUAACCAAAGACUCACACCCCUAUUUUGUAUUGUUGUAUUAGUUUAUGAUAAUUAAAACCAUGAGGUACAGUAUAUAUGCAACUGCUCUAUUGAGCAACAUACAAAUGUGGGAUUUUAACUUUUAAAUGUACAUAAGAUGCAAAAACAUGUCUUUUGUAUAUUUUGUAACUAGUAUGAAUCAAUAUUUAAGGGAAGAUUGUUCAUUGGGAUUCUGCAUAUCACAUACAAUGAAAAUAAAUACAUUUGUUUGGGUUUUAACUAACAACAGAGACAUCCCAAAAUGUGGAGAUAGUGUACAUGCUUUUCCUUGGACUACCAUGUACUUUAUGAUGUAAUUGUUCAUGGGGAUUUUGAAUUGCUUAUUGAUGUUUAAUGAAAAGCAUGUAUCGCCAGAUGUUGCAUUGCACAUUAAAAAUAAAUGUUUAUUUGUAAUUUUAAAGGAAAUUUUCAUAAAAUUUGGAGAUAAAUGCUAUUCAAUGGAUAGUGACAGUAUGUAUGUUCAUAUUAAAAAGUGUGUUGUUUUGUAUUAUUUUACUAUUCAAAAACAAUGUCAAUAAAACAAAAAAAACAAAGAAAUGCC